GGCAGCGGGCAUUGCCGCAGGAAGGCGCAGGGCCCUGCCGGGAGGGGGCAGAGGCCGCCCAAGGGGCGCCCGGGCACUGGGCUCUUGGGUGUAGGGAAGCAAAGGAAAGACGCUGCCCAAGGAACUAGUUAUGGAGGUGCCCUCUCCCAAAGCGGCGCCAAGCUGCCGGGAGCCCUUUUCCCGAGUCUCCUCCGCCUUGAACCAUCUCUAAGCCUUCGAGGCAGUGGGGCAGCGCCGGCUCUCUGGGGGCCUGGCCCGGGAUUUCUCCCCCAAACCCGCCCGAGCUAUUUUUGCGCGUCGAGAACCGAACCCCGGGAGCGCGCGCGGGGCAGGACUCAGGCGCGCCGCCUGGGCGUUGUGGGGCUGCGGCGCCUCGCCAAGCCCGGUCUCCGAGCUCCAGGGGCUUUCAGAGAGACAACGCCGAGGCAAGGGUGUUUGGGGAGCUGCUGUGGAGCCAGGGGUUUGGAGGAGCGAGGCAUGUAUUUUCAGCUGCGCCUCAGCUCUGAAAUGUGACUCCAAUUGACUAGCUCGGCAGAGGCCUCCAGUCUCUGGAUUGAUACUUUAGAAUAUGCUAACCAGCCGAUGCUUUCCAUGGGGAAUCGAAGGGCCAGCUGGUCGCAGUGACCGUGACCUGGAGCGAGGGAGUUGGAAGAGAAUGGUAGAAAGCCGGAGGGACCUUCCAAGAGGCUGACUUGGAUAGCUGCGGCCAGGCUCCUGCCACACAAUUGCUGCAGCCCUCCGAUGGAGCGCUGGUGAGGUCCUCCACCCAGUGGGCCAGGGGGCUGUGCAAAGGGCUGCUGGUGAGUGAGGACUGACCCCUGACCUCUGCUUAGGAACUUGAGGGCUGUCAGAGCCCCCUAUGCACCCGCCCUCGGGAAGAUGAGGACCCUGAACACGUCCACCAUGGACAGGGCCGGGCUGGUGGUGGAGAGGGACUUCUCCUUCCGUGUCCUCACAGCCUGUUUCCUGUCACUGCUCAUCCUGUCCACCCUCCUGGGGAACACGCUGGUUUGUGCCGCCGUCAUCAGGUUCCGACACCUGCGUUCCAAGGUGACCAACUUCUUCGUCAUCUCCUUGGCUGUCUCGGACCUCCUGGUGGCUGUGUUGGUCAUGCCCUGGAAAGCGGUGGCCGAGAUCGCUGGCUUCUGGCCCUUUGGGUCUUUCUGUAACAUCUGGGUGGCCUUUGACAUCAUGUGCUCCACCGCGUCCAUCCUGAACCUCUGUGUGAUCAGCGUGGACAGGUACUGGGCCAUCUCGAGCCCCUUCCGGUAUGAGAGGAAGAUGACCCCCAAGGCGGCAUUCAUCCUGAUCAGCGUGGCGUGGACGCUGUCUGUUCUCAUCUCCUUCAUCCCCGUGCAGCUAAGCUGGCACAAGGCGAAACCCACAAGCCCCUCUGACGGAAAUGCCACUUCCCCGGGCGAGGCCACAGACAACUGUGAUUCCAGCUUGAGCAGGACAUACGCCAUCUCAUCCUCCCUGAUCAGCUUUUACAUCCCCGUGGCAAUCAUGAUUGUCACCUACACCCGGAUCUAUAGGAUCGCCCAGAAACAGAUCCGGCGCAUUUCAGCCCUGGAGAGGGCAGCCGUCCACGCCAAGAAUUGCCAGACCACUGCAGGGAAUGGAAACCCUGUGGAGUGUUCUCAACCGGAAAGCUCCUUUAAGAUGUCCUUCAAAAGAGAGACUAAGGUUCUGAAGACGCUGUCGGUGAUCAUGGGGGUGUUUGUGUGCUGCUGGCUCCCUUUCUUCAUCUUGAACUGUAUGGUGCCCUUUUGUGGGUCUGGGGAGACGAAGCCCUUCUGCAUAGAUUCCAUCACCUUUGACGUGUUCGUGUGGUUUGGGUGGGCCAAUUCCUCCUUGAACCCCAUCAUUUAUGCCUUUAAUGCUGAUUUUCGGAAGGCAUUUUCAACCCUCUUAGGAUGCUACAGACUUUGCCCGACGUCGAAUAACGCCAUAGAGACGGUGAGCAUCAAUAAUAACGGGGGCGUCGUGUUUUCCAGCCAUCACGAGCCACGGGGCUCCGUCUCCAAGGACUGCAACCUGCUGUACCUGAUCCCGCAUGCUGUGGGCUCCUCCGAGGACCUGAAGAAGGAGGAGGCAGGUGCAAUAGCCAAACCCUUGGACAAGCUGUCCCCGGCCCUGUCUGUCAUUUUGGACCAUGACACUGAUGUCUCUCUAGAAAAGAUCCAGCCCAUCACACAAAAUGGACAGCACCCUACCUGAACUCCAAGGUGCAUCCUGCCAGCCACGCUCACCCCCAAAGCUAGAGAUCUCCCCGGGGCUUGCUGUUAAGAAACCAAGGUGUGGGGAGACGCCGAGGUGUCAGGCGAGCCCUGCUCUGCUGCUUUCCCUCAACACACAACUAAUUCUAUUUGAAAACCCAUUCCAGUGUGUUUUCUGUGUUGUGCAUAGUGAAUCAGAGAGGCACACAUCAAGCGAGUGUUACAAGGGACUUGUCUUUGGCUCCGAGAUUAUUUUUAGAAACUGAUAUUUAGGACUUAAAAAAUAGGGCAAAGAAUCAACCAUGGACAGCUUCACUUAAAAAUUAAACCUUUCUGGGAAGGAAGUGAGAAGGGUUGAGUUUGCUGUGUACAAACAGGUGCUAACACUGGUCCAAGCAAAGUUUUCAGAUUGUAAAGGUAGGUGCAUGCCUUCAUAAAUUAUUUCUAAAAAAUAAUUGAGCCUUACAGUACGGGUGGGAUUGCUUUCUCAGAAUCGAGAGAUGCUUUGUGGAUAUUAGGUUUAUUUAUCUAUUGUAUUAUAUGGCUAUUUUUAAUUUAUUACAAUGAAUCUAUAUUUAUCAUAUUUAAUAGGAUAAACCAAUGAGUUAUCUGUGACUUCACGGUCACAUUGUCGUCCAUGUAACUAGCACUUUAUAAGCCAAUGAAACAAACAUACAGACUCUGAGAUUCUAAAUGCUCAUGUAUAACUUCUAGAUACGCAGCCGAGAUGGAUAGGAAAUGAAGCUGUGAUCAUUCCUUAAAAUUCAUUGGCAUAAAUAAAGACGAGGUGAGAACUGACAAAUGCUGUGAAUGUUUUUUGUGUUGUUUUUUUUUUCUAAAAUGAUUUUGGAAAACUUUAAAAAGCAUAGCUACUGUUGCAUUUCGAAUGUUUUAAAUGACCGCCACUUCCUCGGAGAAUGACUGGCAGUUCUGUAAAUAUCUUAAAUAAAAGCCAGCUUAAGAAAACACCAAUUGAAAUGUGUGCUCUUAGGCGGUAAUAACAAGUAUAUGCCACUUUGUAUUUAUGUGAAAUAACUGGCCCUCUGCGUCUUUUCUCAUUUCACGCAUCAGAUAGCUUUUCGGAACCAGACAAACGGCUGUCCUGGUGAAGACAGUGGCUUUCCUUAAUUCUUACGUCACAACAGUCUCACCAACGGACAGAGGUCAAAUCCUGCGCCUCCAUCUUACUAGGUCAAACCAAGCCGAGGCUACUUUUGUAGUGCUUCCAUCUGAACUAAGAACUGAUUUUUAUAGAAGUCUAAAUGUUAGUGGUAUACUGGCUAAUGAACAGUGCCUCCUUCUCGUCCUUGAGGAAGGCACUUCUGUUGGGAAAACAGGAGACCCCUUCUCUGUGGGUGUGGUAAGCACCCCAGAGCCAUCAGUACUCUUUGACAAGUGCAGACCCUGUGUCUGUGCUUUGGAAUCACCUUUCUACAUCAUCACCCGGACUGUAAAAAGUACCGUAAUCUCCCCCUGCGAGAUACUAAUUCAUGGGGGGCAUUGCAAGAGCAUUCCUUUGAAAUGUUAACGAAGUUUUCAUGUGGGGGAGCAGUUUACUUAACAUUUAGAUGAAAUG